AUGCGAUCACGUUGCAAUUCCUUCAAGGCUGAAGGCCACCAUGCCUCUGUACAAACACGUCAAUGCGAGAGGUGUCACAAGACUUUCAAUGCAAAGGGGAUCACAAGCCAUGAGCGAAAAUGUUUAAGAGAGGCCAGAGAUCGUGAUCGUGAUGCGGAGCUGUUGCGAGAGCUGGUCCCGGAACGAAUUGUGGAGACAGAUGGCUUGCAAGGUGCAGCACGAGAAUUCACAAGUCGCCUUGCGGGAAUUGCGAGUUUAGUUGUCUUGGAAGCACCAAGUCUUCAAGGUGCAGCUAGCCACUAUGACGGACCUCCACUGUGUGGCGAGAUGCCCUUGCAUGAGCCAGCUGAAUGCCCUGCCGGUGCAUCAACCAAUGACUUGAAUGCAGUGUUUCAUCCUCGUGCAAGAACUCCGAUGCGGAUUCAGUCAUUUGAGGAAUAUGGACGAGACGAAGCCAGUCAGGCUCCUCCACCGCAAUCUGAGAAACCUUGGCGACCAUUUCGAAUGCGCACAGACUUUGAGUUUGCUGAGAUUGCUCUAAAUGCUGCACUCAACAAAAACCAAGUCAAUGCAUUGAUCAAUAUCAUUAAUGCAGUUGCCAGUGGCAAGGCUGAAUUUACCAUAGCCAGUGAUGUGAAGCUUCACAAGUAUUGGGAACAAGCAUCAGUGCUGUUGACACCUUUUGAGCAGUACACUGUAGAUGUUCCAUACAAGAAAGAAGUCCGCAGUUUUGAGCUUUAUGGCCGUGACUUGUGGGAAUGGUGUCUUGAUUUGCUCUGUGAUCCAUGA